AAACUUCCAGCCAUCGAGCAUAUUCUCCUUCGACUGCUCCUCGUUUUUCCACCGUCUUAGUGGUGACUUUCCAAUUUUUCAGAAUGGCAGAGAACACAACUUCUCCACUGAAGCACUUUGUGCUGGCUAAAAAGACGAUUACUGCGAUCUUUGACCAGCUACUGGAAUAUGUCACUGAAGGAGCAGAUUUUGUUGAAGAGACGUAUAAGAAUCCUGAACUCGAACGGGUUGCCACCGAGGAAGAUCUGGCGGAGAUUCAGGGCUAUAAAUAUAAGCUGUCCAUAAUUGGAGAAGUACUGUCCCGGAGACAUAUGAAAGUAGCAUUUUUUGGCAGAACAAGCAGUGGGAAGAGUUCAGUUAUCAAUGCAAUGCUGUGGGACAAAGUGCUGCCUAGUGGGAUUGGCCACACAACUAACUGUUUUCUGAGUGUAGAAGGGACAGAUGGCGACAAAGCAUAUCUUAUGACUGAAGGAUCAGAUGAAAAAAAGAGCGUAAAGACGGUUAACCAACUGGCCCAUGCACUUCAUAUGGACAAAGACUUAGAAGCUGGCUGUCUUGUACAUGUAUUUUGGCCCAAAGCAAAGUGUGCACUAUUGAGAGAUGACUUGGUUCUAGUGGACAGCCCUGGCACUGACGUAACUACAGAGCUGGAUAGCUGGAUCGAUAAAUUCUGCCUAGAUGCCGAUGUCUUUGUCUUGGUUGCAAACUCCGAGUCAACCUUAAUGAACACGGAAAAGCACUUUUUUCAUAAAGUAAAUGAGCGACUUUCCAAACCUAAUAUCUUCAUUCUGAAUAACCGUUGGGAUGCUUCUGCAUCAGAGCCUGAAUACAUGGAAGAUGUACGCAAGCAGCAUAUGGAACGCUGCCUAAAUUUCCUGGUGGAGGAACUGAAAGUCGUGGAUCUUUCAGAGGCACGAAAUCGGAUUUUCUUUGUUUCAGCCAAGGAAGUUCUUAGUGCUAGAAAGCAGAAAGCCCAAGGAAUGCCAGAAGCUGGUGGUGCACUUGCCGAAGGCUUCCAGACAAGAUUUCAGGAGUUUCGGAACUUUGAACAAAUUUUUGAGGAGUGUAUCUCGCAGUCAGCAGUGAAAACCAAGUUUGAACAGCACACUAUCAGAGCUAAACAGAUCAUAGAUACUGUGAAAAACAUAAUGGAUGCAAUAAAUGUGGCAGCAGCAGAAAAAAGGGUAUAUUCCAUGGAAGAGAGGGAGGACCAGACAGACAGGUUGGACUUUAUUCGAAACCAGAUGAACCUUUUAACAGAAGACGUUAAGGAAAAAAUCAAAGCGGUUACUGAGGACGUGGAGAAUAAGGUUUCGUGUGCCAUGACAGAUGAAAUUUGUCGACUUUCUCUUUUGGUUGAUGAAUUUUGUUCAGACUUCCAUCCUUCCCCAAGUGUCCUGAAACUAUACAAAACUGAACUAAACAAGCACAUAGAAGAUGGUAUGGGAAAAAACUUGGCCGAUCGGUGCUCCUGCGAAGUCAAUGCCUCAAUGCAUCAAUCACAGCAGGAAAUAAUUGAAAAUCUGAAGCCUUUGCUUCCCCCUGGAGUGCAGAAUCAGCUCCAUGUUCUAAUCCCGUGUAAGAAAUUUGACCUCAGCUACGACCUGAAUUGUCACAAGCUCUGCUCAGAUUUUCAAGAGGAUAUCGUAUUCCGUUUUUCUCUGGGAUGGGCCGCUCUGGUAAAUCGGUUCUUGGGCCCUAAGAACGCUCAGCGUGUCCUGUUGGGAUUGGCGGAACCCGUUUUGCAGCUUCCUCGAUCUCUAGCUUCCACUCCCACUGCCGUUCCUACCAAUCCUGCAACACCAGAGCAUGUGUCACAGGAAGAAGUUAUGAUUACUCUUGCAACAGGUUUAGCUUCCUUAACAUCACGAACCUCUAUGGCCAUCAUCGUUGUUGGAGGAGUGGUUUGGAAAACAGUUGGUUGGAAACUCAUAGCCUUUUCCCUGAGUAUGUAUGGUUCUCUAUAUCUCUACGAAAGGCUAACCUGGACAACUCGAGCCAAGGAGAGAGCCUUCAAGCAGCAGUUUGUUAACUAUGCUACCGAAAAGCUGCAGAUGAUUGUCAGCUUUACCAGUGCCAAUUGCAGCCAUCAAGUGCAGCAGGAGAUGGCCACUACUUUUGCUCGUCUGUGUCAGCAAGUUGACAUCACUCAGAAAAACCUGGAGGAGGAAAUUGCACGGUUGUCCAAAGAGAUAGAUCAGCUGGAGAAAAUACAAAGUAAUUCCAAGCACCUAAGAAAUAAAGCCAUUCGGCUUGAAAAUGAGUUGGAGAAUUUUACAAAGCAUUUCCUUUCCAGUAAAUGAGCAUUUGCUGCAGCACAGACGUCUUCAGAAGCCGCUGAAGAGAAAAAGUAGAACGUUGAGAGACACUUGCUGAUUUACCUGGAAUCAUUUUAAAAUAUGAAUUAUAUUGACUGUGCUUGUUUGAAAAACGGCAAAUUCCAGUUUGGAUGCUGGCAAUGAAUGGUAUCUGGAGGUAUUUAUGUUUCUGGAGAGUAUGUACGUAUAUAGUUUCAGUUUUUUGGUGACGAGAAAGCCAAAUGUAAACGAUGAAUUUGUUGGGCGGCAUAACCCCCUAUAUGAGCCCUGAGAGUGGGGUUGUGAGCUCUCUAAAGUGGGGCUUUUUAUUUUUAUCGACUCUGGAAAACCCUGCUUCCUGGCAUCCAGGAGUGAGAGAAAGCUCACUGUUUCUUUCCUAUGCCUCUUUCCAAAAUCCCAUUUUUCUUUCAGUGCCCAAGAGGAAUAGCUUAUUGUCAUUGUCAGUAUUCAUUGGGUUACUCUUGCAGGGAGCAGAAGAGCAUAUUUUCAGGGUGAAUUUGGGCUGGUAAUGAUGAUUUCUGUCACUAUGCAAAUUUCCCCCCUUAAAAUAAAUCCACUUUUGGCUAUUGAAAUGUGUCUAAUGACAAAGGUCCUCUUUAAUCACCCGGCCACGCUUUCGGAGAGUUUAAAAGGGAAUUAGGUUCUCGGCUGGGCUCGUUCAAGGAGCGCUGUCUGUCGACUAGCAUCAGCUACAGUGACGGAGGAGAGAUUUCAGUCCACCGCCUGGAAUACGGCGGCUAAUGAUCCGAAGCCGUAACCCCGAAGGUACCGACAUAUCCGAGUCAGUCGGGUGCUUGGCCUAAAUCGGCGUAAAAAUCUGUCAGAAAGGGCUGUCAGGGCUUUCCUGCUGUUUUGUUCCUUUUCAGCAAGGCCCGUACCCGGCUGGGUGAAGGUCAAAACAAAGAAAACAAAAACAAAGAAAACAAAUAGAAGCCAAUUAGGAGAGGAGAAGGAAUACAAACUGCAUUCUUCCAGAAAGGGAAAGCCAUCUUAAGGCACGUUACUCUUCCAGGCCCCUCUUUCGGGAUGAGGAGGUGGGCACGACUGCAGGAUCCCGUUCCGAACAUCGUACGGUAGACGGGACCUCUGCGGAGUUCAGUGGCUUCUUUUUCCUGCCUCAGACCGGGUGUCCUUGCAUUUUAAAAGGUCAUUUCUCAGGGUUAGACCCAGCCUAGUUCCAACAGCCUCAAGCAGUCGUCAAGCAGUCUUGUGAGUAAGCGAUAUUGAAGUUUCAAGGCGAAGGAGAAGCAGGUGAGUUCAGUGGUUUCGGUUGACUUUGUUCAGUCCGGUAAUUUGGCGCCGGAAAGUAUCAGCUUGUGGCCGGUGACCCGCAGACUGGCUAACGGAAUGGAAGUAAUGACAUAAAAUUGGGUAGCGUUUAUUAAAAGUUGCAGAAAAGAGCUCAGGAGUCUUGCCCUUUUAUGUAUGCACUUGGACACGUGAAACAGUGUCGCGUGGCUUGGAAUUCCAUUGGUUUUUAUAAGUGGAGCUUGAUUUUUCCAUCUACGGUCGGAAAUAACUGCCACCUAUCCAGGUUGUGUCUAUGCGUGUCAAAAUGGAAAGUUUAAAAAACCCUAAAGCAGAGCCUUUCUCCUCAUAUUCAGUCUGCAAACUUGGUAGUGGCCGUGCCUGUGAAUAGCCCAGAAGUGAUGUAAUGUAGAACUGAUGUGGUUCAGACUGGUUUUUCUAUGUUUGUUUGCAAGGGCAUUUAUAUACUUUGUAAAAUACGAAACUUUUUACACACUACCGUUCUUUAAAACUCCCAGGGAAAAAUAAAAUGAUCAGUUAUUAUCUAA